CUCAUUUUCCUGGUUCAUUUUCUCUCUCUUCUCUCCUGUCUUCGAGGGUUUGCUGUUCCCAACCGGGGUUUCAUCCUGCUCGCGACGCGUCCCUGCGAGUCGAAUAGGUUCUUCAGAGAAGAAAAACCGACGAAAAGGCAAGAAAGUUCACUUUCACAUGGCGCACAACGAAGUUAAAGCGAGUACACCUAAAAAUUCCUUCAGAACUGCACGAAUCCAAUUAGUUGGUCGUCAUCCUGAUGUCUAUGAGCCAUGUGAUGAUUCAUUUGCACUCGUUGAUGCUCUCCUUGCUGAUCGAUCCAAUUUGUUAGAACUUAGACCUGUGAUCUGCAUGGAGUUAGGUUCUGGGAGUGGUUAUGUGAUUACAUCUUUGGCCCUGAUGCUUGGACAGGAGGAAUUUGGAACCCAUUAUUUUGCCACGGACAUGAAUGAAGAUGCCACUCGUGUAACGGUAGAAACAUUGGAAGCUCAUGGAGUUCAUGCCGAGGUCAUCUCAACCGACAUUGCUUCUGGUUUGAGUAAGCGUUUGGCAAGAUCAGUCGAUGUAAUUGUGGUGAACCCUCCUUAUGUCCCCACUCCUGAAGACGAAGUGGGCAGUGAAGGACUAACGGCUGCCUGGGCCGGUGGUGAGAAUGGGCGAACUGUAAUUGACAGAUUCCUGCCAGUAAUCGAUGAGCUUCUUUCAUUGAGGGGCUGGUUCUAUAUGGUCACACUAACUGCAAACAAUCCCUCACAAAUUUGCCGCCUGAUGAGGGACAAGGGAUAUGCUUCUCGGAUUGUGGUUCAGAGGUCAACCGAGGAAGAGAGACUUCAUGUUCUGAAAUUUUGGCGUGAUGCAGAAGCUGCAUCUGAGUGCCCAUCUCCAAGAAAGGGUCCUCCAACGAGAAGAUCUUCUCUCUCGCAGCUGCCUGGUCUUUCGUUCUGGAGGAGCACCAAUUGAAAAUCAAAAGUGAUUGAUUGGAAAAAAGUUUUCGAGGGCCAACAAGAGAACCUGAAGAUUAAGUCUCCUGUUAUACAUGCUGCUGCUUGCACCAAAAUGGACGCAGGUCAGAUACUCGGGCUUGGAAGAUGUACGUAUAUCAAUGAAAGUUCAGAACAGUCAUGAAAUAUCCUGCAGAUAAAUGGUAGCCCUGAGCGUAGGGUAAAAUUGAAUCCAGUCCGUGGUGUGGAAAUACCUGAAAGGAUUAGAGGAGAGGAUGGCCAAAACCGUAAAUAAGCCAGGUUUUAUUCGCAUAUAAGCAGAAACAAUGCGAUCACCCUUUUGUUAGGGUUCAUGUAAAGGUGAAAUAUAUAAAUGAUUAGCAUCUCCCUAGGAUGACUUGUUCACUUCACAGGUAUGUCUCGAACAAACUGAGUCUCUCCGUGGUCUCUACUAUAUUUGACAUUUUCCAUGAAGCUUGUGACUGCAGCCUUCUCUGCAAGUCUGAAAAGAAAUGAUACGGCAGUAGGUUGUGCUUUAUACAGGGUUAUGUAUAGGUGAAAGAUUGGUGUCAGCAAAAUGGUUAUACCUCACAUGAUAUUGAAUUUUUGUUUUAUACAGUCGUAAGAAGAACUUGAAUUAUGCCCAGUCGGGAAAGUGGCAUAAUAUUCUAUUUGUGCUGGUGGUUCAGUGUAUCGAAUUUUUUUUACUUGCUACGGGAAUAAACUGCAUUACAGGCUUACA